UUGAGUCAAUAAAAAAUAAUUAAGAAUGUCGAAACGCUGUGAGGUAUGUGCUCAGGACUUUCUCGACGAGUACGCCUUCCACGGUCAUCUCCUGGGGAAGAAGCACUCGAAAAAUGUCGAGUUUAAGAAGCAAAACCUUCAGAAAGAGCAGAAUUCCGUCUUCAUCUCACCAGUGCCUCCCGGUCUCGACCCCCAAUUGGUCUUCGGGUUCUUCUCAAAUUUCGGCCCCAUUCAGCAUUACAUAUUCAAUCCCAGGUAUCUGAUCAUAGAAUAUAAAGAGAAAUCUCCAGUGGAGUACCUCUUAAACAAUCCGAUUUACCUAAACAAGUGGAAAUUGAGGAUUCGUCGAAGAAAAAUGGAAAAUUACGCGGAGAAAUUUCAACACAGGAGGACGAAACAAUCACCACAGAUGCAAAAAAAUGAGAACCCCGAGACACAGCAGGAGCUGAGAAUAUCUCUGGAGUCAGAGCGGAGUCUGGAGGAGCAGGUGAAUAAAUUUCUGCUGUCAGUUCAGAUAGACGAAGAAGAGAUGCAGCAGCUGGUAGCAAUGGUCUGCUCAUCGUUGGAUAGCGCCAUGAAGCAACUGUUCCCCAGGUGUCGAGCUAUUCCUUUUGGCUCGUCAGUGACAGGACUAAGCCUGACAGGGAGUGAUCUCGAUGUUUUUCUCGAUAUCAGAGAGCCCAUUAUCGAGGACGACGAUUCAACGCUUGGGUGCCCAUCAGGCUGGACGCCCAAGACAAUUUUCAAGGGUGUGAAGAGAGUAUUCUACAAAAAUCGGCCAGUCUUCACCCAGAUAGUUCCUAUUCCAAUGGCCAAAAUUCCUGUUAUCAAGUUCCAUCAUACUGCCAGUGACAUGGACUGCGAUAUUUCCUUCAAGGAUGGACUAGGUGUCCACAAUAGUCAGUUAAUUAAAUAUUUGCUUACCCUCGACUCUAGGAUAAAGCCCUUGGUAGUAAUUCUCAAGUAUUGGGCAAGAAAUCUCGACAUAUCAGGCAGUGGAAAGAUCAAUAAUUAUUCUCUCGUUAUGCUAAUUGUUUUCUAUCUACAACAGGCGAGUGUCAAUCUCCUACCCUCCAUCAAAGAACUGCAGAAGGUCCACCAGAGGGUCUACAUCAGGGAAUGGCAGGUGAACUUUAAUACAGACUAUCCCUCUACCUCAGAGAACAACUCCAGUUCGCUCCUGGAGCUGCUCCAGGGCUUCUUCAAGUUUUAUUCGGACUUUGAUUUCUCCACAAGGAUUAUUCGGCCUCUGGAAGGCAGCAGUGUCCUCAGGAAAGAAUUUAAGAAGGAGAUGGAGGCGUGCCACAGAUCGAGGUAUGUCGAGAGCUUGCACCUGGACAGACAUGCCUGUCUUCAGGAUCCUAUUCAGCUGGAUUAUAAUAUCACAUCGGGAUGGGCAACCAAGGAGAUCCAGGGGUUGAAGUUGUCGUGUCUGCUGGCAUUGGAGGUGUUUGAGAGUAUGAGGGAGACCCCUCUGGGAAUUAUUCCUAGGCUAUUGGAACCUGAGAUGAACGUUAAGCUCAAGGCGAGCAUUAAAGCCAAGACGAAAAAGAAAAUGAAUCCGACGGUGAGCUUUACCAUUCUUGCUGGAAAGUUCAAGACGUUCGGUCUCCCUGAGGACUUUGAGGAGAAUAACGUGGAGGACAGCCAGAAGUUCAUCGAGAAGAACUGGUUCUGCACGGUUUAUAGGCUUCUGGAGGUGAUUCUUGAGAAAAUAUUUAUGCUCCAGAUUCAGGUGAUCUAUGACAAGGUCGGGGUUAAGCAGAUGAAGCUUCAGGAGGAGGACGAUGUUCACACCAAUAAUGAGGACAAUAUCCUGCUGAAUUGCUCCGGGAAGUAUCCUCUGCAUAAGCGUAGGAAGGGCAAGGGGCAAAUUGUUCAGCCCAAUGUCAGUCCCAUCCAGAGGGAAAUUAUAACCUCAGAGAAAAUUGUCAAAGAAAUCGACAGCAAAACAGCAGAUACACCUAUCAAGUUUCAGUGUCUUGUUGUCAAAAAGAGCAAUCCACUUCAUGCACUUGUUGAACUCACUGAUCAAGAAUUGACGAAUAACUGUUUUAUGGAACUUGCUGUUUACAUGCAGUGCAAGGUGCACAGCUGGAUCGAGAAAGAAUUCAUGCAUAUGGUGCAGUUUAAAAAAAAUGUUUGGACAUCGAAUGAGUCCUGAGGGGAUGGAUUUUUUUGUCCCACGACAAGUUCUUUUCAAUUGCGACGAGGAACAGGAUGACAGGUCUGCUUUCUAGUGGAUUUUUCAAUUAAUAUCUUCAAAUCUAAUGGAGAUGGCGAUAUUUUCGGCGGGACCUUUUGUGUACAGCAAAGUGAAAACUGCAAAAAAUGGGUUGGAAAAAAUUUCGAUGUCUCUAGUAGAUUCACAGAUAUUUUCAGAAACUAAUGAAUAAACAAAAAGUCCUGAAUUUUUCAAGGACUUAAUAUAAACAACGAUGCAGAAUAAUUUAUGAAUCGUUCAAUCUUCUGAUGGCAGGAGAGAUUUUUUUGGAGAAAAAUUAUUAUGGAUUUUUAUUUUUUUUUCAUAAACUCUGAUCGUCUAGAUUAUUGUGAGAUCAUCUAGAGGCUAUUUCUAAUUGAAUUUUCAUGGCUUGACUAAAACUAGAUGUUUUACAGGUCAUUUUCAUUUGAUUAUUAGAUUUGAAGAACAUUAUUUCACAUGUUGCUUUUUUAUUUUGAAGUCUGUGAAAUAAGUGCACUAUCUCGGCGAAGUCGGGAUAUAAAUUAGUGUAAGUUUUUCGGAUUUUCGAGGAUUUUGAGUAACACGCUUGCAUAAUUUUUAAAUAACAUACAGAAUGAACUUCUCACUGGUUCAUGGAGAGAAAUUAUAAUUUUACGAUGUACAUUUUCAUUUUUUGAAAGUAUUAAUGUUUAUUGCGAAUAAAGAGAUAUCAAAACUGAA